AAUGAGGCCAUACCAUUAAUGGAAUGUGUUAGAUGCUGAAUGAUGCACAGCAGUGACGAUGGAAGUAAAAAUUCUUGCCACAAAAAGAAAACUGGGAAGUUUGAAGGGAGAAAGAAACAAAGCACUGCGGGAUGUGACCAGGUGUCCUGGGCUGAGCUAGAACAGAACUUACUCUGCUCACUGAUUCUACAAAGAGUUACAUAAGCAAUUAUUUGACUGAGGCUUGGAAUAGUAAUCCUAGUUCUCUUCUAAGUCUUCAUUCAGGCUGAAGUACUGAUUUUUCAGAAAGCAGCACCACAUCCCAGACAAGCUGCAUAACCUUAAUGUCCAAUUAAAAUCUCAUAUCCAGGCUUCUACACAGGCCUUACCCAAGUACUGAGCAAGAGCCAGUAGCAUUACAACAGCGCUUUACUACCACAACCUAAUAACAAGUUAUGGGUGAAAUGUUACUAUUUGAGUCCAGGGGAAAUAUCAAUUUGCAUUUCUCUGUGCCAUUCCUGGUUUACUAUAGGUUAGAGAACAAUAUCCUUCUACCAACAGGAAACAAGUUUGACGUCCUCAUUUCCGACUCGCAUGAUUUUUGUGAGUCAUGUAGGGCAAACUGUCAGCUUCAAAAAUGUAGCUAAAGUUCAGGGAAACUUAGUUUUCUCCUCAAAAUAUCAUCUUUGUAUUCAGCCUAACCCAAGUCAGUAAGUAGAUAGAUGUAGUAGUAGUCACAGGUGAAUUUACUCCUUCAAGAUUCAGAAUUAGAGGUUGCCUUUUCAUUAUGGUAGCAAACUCCUUGUGCAUCACUUUGGGGUUUUCCAGGCAUUCAUCCUCUUUCCCAUCUAGGCAAACUGAUUAAUAAAGAGCUGCACAAGUGGGAUCAGAGAUCAGGCCUCUGGAUCUGCUGUCUCAUGUCUAACUGUUAGACUUUCUGUCAGGUAAGGCACCUGAGAAACCAAAGGAUUUUGUCUAUGUAUAUUUGUUUAUCUAGGCUAGAAUCCACAGCAUUAAAGAAAGAAGAGCAGAAAGAGGCAGACUGUGCUAGUGCUGAGAGUCAAGUCAGAGAAAAUGACCACAGGAAAGAUUUGUCUUUCACGUUUCUAACCACAAGAUAACAAUGCUGCCUGCUAUUCGCUCCAGACACAACCCGAGAAGAUACAGCACUUUUCUUUGCUACUGUGUCAUAGGUGCUGCUUUAAAACCUGCUGAUACUGCUCACAGUUUAACAGUCAAUCCUGUCUGCUCAGAUACAGCAGGUAUUUACAGGGAGGGACCAACUGCUCAACAAACAUGCAGAUUUCAGACCACAAAACCACAGACCUCAUGGUGCAGAGAAUUUCUGCAAUGACAAAAUCUGUCCACGAUUCCGAGUACACAAGAUGGACACAAACACUAUCAGCCAGUUUUCAGUUUGCAUUGUGACUCUUGGGCUAUUAACAUUUGCUCCACACCAAGAUUUCAGAAACCGUGAACUUUUCCCUCCAAUGCAGCUGGAGCUGUUCUACAAAUACCCUCUCACCUAUUGGUCCAGCAAUUAGGACUCUUCCCCUCCAUCAGAAGGGCUCUGGGGUGUAACCCACCCACAGUCUGCCUUAUAUAAAGCCUGGUUGGAAAACUGUUUCAUUUUUGGCUUUUGAUCAGAGCUAGGCUGCAUCUUCCUUCUCCAGUCUGACAAUGCCUGUGGAUUUCAGUGGAACCUGGAACCUUAUCAGCAGUGACAACUUUGAAGGGUAUAUGGUGGCCUUAGGUAUUGACUUUGCAACACGCAAGAUAGCAAAAAUGCUGAAGCCUCAGAAAGUGAUCAAGCAAGAUGGUGAUUCAUUUUAUAUCCACACCACUAGCACCUUCAGAGACUACUUGCUUGAGUUCAAAGUUGGAGAAGAGUUUGAAGAAGAUAAUAAAGGCCUGGAUAACAGAAAAUGCAAGAGCCUAGUUACCUGGGAAAAUGACAAACUGGUGUGUGUCCAGACUGGUGAGAAGAAGAACAGGGGCUGGACACACUGGCUUGAAGGGGAUGACCUCCACCUGGAGCUUCGUUGUGAGAAUCAAGUAUGCAAACAGGUCUUCAAGAGAGCCUGAAUGUGUACUGGUUCCUACAUGGAGAGACAGAUACUUGCGGGAGACUAGACAUCAUCCUGUCCAGUGCUGCCUCUACGGACAAGAACUGUUGCCUUGUACCUAUUAAUCUAAGUGGUCUGACAUCUCUGGCUCAGGAAAUAAGUCUGCUGUUGCCAGUACUGAAGAUCUCUUUUUUGCUAAUAAACUCCUCAAACCAAAAAACCACUAGCCUUCUUUACACAUUUAGGGAAAUGUUGGGGGCAGCAAAAGUAAAAGGCCUGGUGUUUAUUCUAUCAAUCCUGACAGUCUUUC